AUGGCGACAACGAGCUCAAUGUUCAUGUAUAGCUUAACGCUGCAGCCACCCUCAGAUAUCACGGCUGCAGUAUUGGGUCAGUUUGCCGGUACAAGAGAACAACAAAUUGUCACGGCAUCUGGGUCCAAGCUUACAAUUCACAGGCCUGAUCCAACGCAAGGGAAGAUCUCACCUCUAUUUACCCAAGAUUGCUUCGGCAUUGUACGAACUUUAGCUGCCUUCCGAUUAGCCGGCGGCUCAAAAGACUAUAUAAUUGUGGGCUCAGACUCGGGAAGAAUUACUAUUUUGGAAUACCUGAAGGAUACGAAUCGCUUCAGCCGCGUCCAUCUCGAGACUUUUGGCAAAUCGGGUGUGAGAAGAGUAAUCCCUGGUCAGUAUCUUGCAGUUGAUCCCAAAGGAAGAGCUUGCCUGAUCGCUUCUGUUGAGAAGAACAAGAUCGUCUAUGUCCUCAAUCGAAAUGCCCAAGCUGCGCUCACCAUCUCAUCGCCGCUCGAAGCUCAUAAGCCUGGCCUUCUCGUCUUCGACCUAAUAGCACUCGACGUUGGUUAUGAGAACCCUGUCUUCGCAGCCAUCGAAGUCGAUUACUCCGAGUCCGACCAAGAUCCCAGCGGACAAGCAUUUGAGGAUGUAGAAAAGCAGUUAGUGUACUACGAACUAGAUUUGGGUCUCAAUCACGUUGUCAGAAAGUGGUCAGAAACAGUGGAUCGAUCUGCAACAAGGUUGUUCCAGGUUCCUGGCGGAUCUGAUGGUCCAAGUGGUGUCUUGGUCUGUGGAGUAGAUACUAUCACCUAUCGACACAACAAUCAGGAUGCUCACCGAGUGCCGAUUCCAAGAAGAAGAGGUGUCCUCGAGAACCCCGAGCGCAAGAGAACUAUAGUCGCUGGUAUCAUGCACAAGAUACGCAACCAGUUCUUUUUGCUUCUGCAGACUGGGGACGGCGACCUCUUCAAAGCAUCAAUCGAUAUGGCAGAGGACGACAACGGCCAGCCGACCGGUGAGGUGAAAGCACUGAAGAUCAAAUACUUCGACAGUGUACCAGUCGCUAAUAGCUUACACAUCCUGAAGAGUGGCUUUCUCUUCGUUGCCGCUGAACGCGGAAAUCACCAGUUUUACCAAUUUGAGAAACUGGGCGACGAUGAUGAUGAGACGGAAUUCUCGAGCGAGGACUACCCCUCAGAUCCUUUAGAGCCGUACAGCCCUGCAUAUUUCCACCCACGACCAUUGCUAAACCUUGCACUUGUGCAGAGUAUUGAAUCAAUGAAUCCUUUGAUGGAGUCCAAGGUCACAAAUCUGCUCGACGAAGAUGGGGCUCCUCAGAUAUACACUAUUUGUGGUGCUGGUGCAAGAAGCAGUUUCAAGACUCUUCGUCACGGCCUUUCUGUGUCAGAACUUGUUGAAUCAGAACUGCCGGAUAAACCACAGGCUGUCUGGACCACCAAAUUGACACGAGCAGACAAGCAUGAUGCUUACAUUGUUUUGUCCUUCGCUUCGGGCACACUCGUCCUGAGCAUUGGCGAAACUGUCGAAGAAGUCACAGAUACUGGCUUCCUAUCGACUGCACCAACGUUAGCUGUGCAACAGCUGGGCGAAGAUGCUCUUGUACAAGUUCAUCCAAAGGGUAUACGGCAUAUUCGAGCAGAUAAACGCGUCAAUGAAUGGCCUGCGCCACAGCACAGAUCCAUUGUCGCUGCAGCCACAAAUGAGAGACAAAUCGCGGUGGCUCUAAGUUCUGGUGAGAUUGUCUACUUCGAAAUGGACACCGACGGCUCUCUGAACGAGUAUGACGAACGAAGAGAGAUGACUGGUACCGUGACCUGUCUUGGUCUGGGAGAUGUGCCAGAAGGUCGUGUUCGCAGCUCGUUCCUUGCAGUAGGAUGUGAUGACUCAACAGUCCGAAUCCUCAGCCUUGACCCUGAUUCGACCCUGGAGAACAAGUCUGUCCAGGCGUUAACCUCUCCACCUUCUUCUCUUGCUAUUAUGCCUAUGGUCGACGCAACAUCUGGCGGCACAACACUUUAUCUACAUAUUGGCCUCUAUUCAGGCGUCUACCUUCGCACCGUUCUCGACGAGAUCACUGGCGAACUAUCCGACGUUCGCACACGUUUCCUGGGAUUGAAACCGGCUAAACUUUUCCGUGUUUCUGUCGCAGGUCAAAAUUGUAUUCUGGCAGCAAGUACCCGAGCUUGGCUAGGCUACACUGACCCUCAGACCAAAGGUUUCAUGCUGACACCGCUUGACUAUCCUGAGUUAAGACACGCCUGGACAUUUAGUAGUGAGCAAUGUCCCGAAGGCAUAGUAGGAAUACAGGAGCAAAACUUAAGGAUUUUUUCAGUCGAAGAUAUCUCACGUAACUUGCUCCAAGAAAGUAUACCUCUACCGUACACACCAAGAAAAUUCGUCAAACAUCCCGAACACAAUCUCUUCUACGUGAUCGAGUCAGACAACAAUACGCUGGCCUCCUCCACACGGAGUAAGCUCAUCAAUGAAACACCUGCAGUCAAUGGCGACGCCACAAUAUUACCUCCUGAUCAGUUUGGGAAUCCACAUGGCACCGAACAUUGGGCGUCGUGCGUCCAAGUAAUUGACCCAGUGACUGCAAAAUCAGUCAUCUUUAGCCUGGAACUUGAGGACAAUGAGUGUGCUACGAGCAUCGCAGCGGCUCCAUUUUCUGGGCAGGAUGACGAGACCUUCUUGGUCAUAGGUACAGCUAAAGAUCUAAAAGUGAGCCCACGCUCGUACAGUGCAGGCUUUCUUCACGUAUACAGAUUUCACGAGGAAGGCCGUGAACUAGAAUUCAUCCACAAGACCAAGAUUGACCACCCUCCGACAGCGCUGCUACCUUUCCAAGGACGUUUGCUUGCUGGAUGUGGAUCUGACCUCCGUAUCUACGAUUUGGGCAUGAAACAAAUGCUUCGCAAAUGCCAGGUACAAACUCUACCCAACAUCAUCGUUGGACUUGCAACACAAGGUAACCGAAUCAUUGUCAGUGAUGUACAGGAGAGUGUUUCGUUUGUGGUCUACAAGUUCCAAGACAACAAGCUUAUUCCUUUCGCAGACGAUAUGGUCGCACGCUGGACAACGUCGGCUGCGAUGGUCGACUAUGAAACAGUAGCAGGCGGAGACAAAUUCGGAAACAUGUGGCUCGUACGGUGUCCUCCUAAGGCUUCAGAAGAGGCGGAUGAGGACAAUUCUGGUGCACAUCUUCUGCACGAGAAAGGAUAUCUAAAUGGCGCACCCGCCCGCCUGAACCUCAUGACGCAUUACUUUACUGGCGACAUCUCGACGAGCGUGCAGAAGACAAACCUCGUGAAUGGAGGGAGAGACGUGGUAUUCUGGACGGGCCUACAAGGUACUCUUGGAAUGCUCGUACCAUUUGUUAGCCGUGAGGAUGUGGAUUUUUUCCAAGAGCUUGAGAAGCAGCUUGCUACAGAACACAAUCCGCCACUACUUGGGCGUGACCACUUGGCAUACAGGUCUUAUUAUGCUCCUUCGAAAGGCACCAUUGAUGGGGAUCUGUGCGAGACGUAUUUCUUGUUACCGCAUGAGAAGAAGGAGAUCAUAGCUGGUCCACUUGAUCGAUCAGUUCGAGAGGUCGAAAGAAAAAUCUCUGAUAUGCGGACAAGAGUCGCGUAUUGA